CACGCGCGCGCUAUCAGCUCGUUCGUACACACGCGCGGCGGGGGAACACGGUCUCGGCUCGGUCGGAUAGUGUAUCCCGCCAUCAAAGGAUGCCCCUCCCAAGUCCUCUCGCCUCUAGGCCUCGAGGCCAUUUGCCGCUGCUGUUCUCUCUCAUCUGUCAUCUUCACCCUUCCCACAUGCCUGCAGCCCAUUCAACUACAUAUCCUCUCGAUCUCAUCUCUCCCUAUUUCUCCUUCUUCCCUAUAACCUCCUAUCCUCAUCCAUCUUCACAUCAUACACAUGCCAAGCACUGUGCUGCGCCUUCAGCCCACGCUGAUCAACCAGACUAAGCGCGACCUCAACCAGUCCGAGCCCCCGACGCGCCAUUCUUCACUCCCAACUACUGCCUCGCAGCACACCACACCCCCAGAGAACACCCUUCAUUUCCACCGCACGAGGACUUAUCCCUCGUCCAUCAACCUCCCUUCGCCUCACGAGCUUAAUCUCGAGCGCGUCUUCCGCACUAAGUCUUCUCGCGGAUAUUCGCGCACAUACACUGCCCACGACUCUCGAAUCAGCCCUCGCUCGUUCCAGACGCUCAGCUCGAAUCGCGACCAGCGCCAUUCUGAUUCAUCCACCGCUACAACCCCUCAAUCUUCCCUCUCUCCACCCCUAGGAGAGUACAUUUCGUCGCGCUUUCGUCAGCCAUCCCUUGCCACCUGCUCAAGUCGCGACUCAGAAUCCACUGGUCCUCGUACACCACCCCCAGGCUGCUCCCCACGCCCACAAGCCCGCAAUCCUAGCUUCCCUCCCUUGUCGCCGUAUCGCGAGGCUCCAUUUAUCCCGGUUUCGCCCAUCCUUUCGUACCGCUGCGCAAACCACCCCGAGCCUCACUUUGGGCGCAUCAUUGACCGUCGCAUCGAGAUUAUAUUCAUUGAAUACCUCAAACAACUCAUCCGCGACUCGCAACCACGACCCGACAUGGCCAACGCUCCUCUAAAGCGCAAGAUCGUUAUCCUGGGCUCGCCCAGUGUAGGCAAGACAUCCAUCACUCAGCAAUACGUGACCCCGCCUACAUACAAUGAGCAAUACUAUCCUACCAUUGAGUCCACCUCCAACAAGCUGGUCACGCACAAAGGCGUCCAGUACGAUUGCGAAAUUGUAGACACUGCCGGGCAGGAUGAGUUUUCACUCUUCCCUCCAAAGUACGCCGUCGGCGUGCACGGCUACAUCCUUGUUUACUCGAUCACGUCGAGGCAAUCUUUUGACAUGAUCACCUCGCUCCACGAGAAGAUCCUUGACCAGGGUGGCCUUGACCGGGUGCCUUGUGUGAUCGUCGGCCAGAAGGUGGACCUCGACAAGGAGCGCCGCGUCUCGAAGGCUGAAGGGGAGGCUCUCGCCAAGAAGCUUGGUGCGGCCUUCCUCGAGUCUAGCGCCAAGGACAACAAGAACGUCGACCGCGCGUUUGAAGCUCUCCUCGGCGAGAUGCAGCGCGAGUACAAUCCAGCCCCGGCUCCGGCCAAGAAGGGCUGGUGGCCUUGGAGCUAGACGGCAGCUUCCUGCCACAACAUCCCUCGCCAUCAUUCCGUUAAUUCACACCUUGAACAUUGAUCACCCUGUACCACCACUCCAUCCGCAGGGCAGGCCUGCGGAGCAUGUAUCCAGUGCCGCUGCUGGCGCCCUAUAGCUGUCUCAUGCAUGCGUGGCGACCGUGAGAAGUUAAGGAGUAGCGGGUGCAUCCUGUGAUGUCGACGUGGCACUCAGCAUCAACCCAUGAUCUCAAUCGCGGUUGACAUGAAUGUGUUUGCCAGAAUCUUUCUG